CAUAGUUGUGGCUAUAAUUCCCCGCUUCAUAAUAGUUGUGGCUAAUAUAUUGUAUUUACCCUAAUUUUUUUUACAUGUUUAGGCCAAUUCUUUUGAAUGCUAUUAGUCACUGAUCUUUAGGCUAUCCAUCACAGGUCUUGAUAGACUAUUGGGAAUGCUAUUUGUCACCUAUUCAGCUAUCCAUCACAGAUUUUAGCAUAUUUUUUUAAAAUGUUAUGGUCCACAAAUUUUGAAGGCUAUGUAUCACAGAUUUUGACCAAUUUUUUUCAUGUUAAUUUUCACCAAUUUUGAAGGCUUAACACAGAUUUUUACCAAUUUUUGUGAAUGCUAUUUUUAACAUAUUUUGAAGGCUAUCCAUCACUGAUUUUUUCUGAUUUUUUUGAAUGCUACUAUUAACCAAUUGAAUGCUACCCAUCACAUAUUUACUUUCACGAUUUGGAAGACUUGGGGUUUAGGGCGGUACCUAGAUCCGCUAUCAGUGCUGCCCAUAGAGUGGCGCGUAAAGCACUGCUUUUGUCUUGUGUAGAGCUAGACUCUUUUGAUUUUUUGGGGUGGCUUCUUUAGAAUAUGCUAGGGGUCUUGAGUAGAAUUGUAAGUUUAACUAUUUUAUUCCACGAUUUGGAAGACUAUUCAUCACAAAUUUUGACAAAUUAUUUUGUAUUACUUUUGAGAGCUAUCCAUCAUAAAUUUUGCUCUAUUCUUGUGUAGCCUUUCAGCCGUUUACCCGUAAACAAACAGACAGUUGUGCUUCUUCUGUAGUGCUUAUUGGUUAUUCCUAUCGUAAAUGACCCGAGGAAAAAAUCAUACAAAUAUUCCAUCUUAUUAUUUUGGACACAGAAAGUAGCGUGAAUGAGCUACAGCCCAAAUCUAUAUCGUUCCUAUGGCCCAUACUCUCCCCUAUCGUCUUAUGAAACGGGCUUUAGCCCAAAGUUAAGACUAUGACGGUAGUAUGACCUAUAUAUACAUAUCAAUUAUCAUUUCUUUUUCCAUGAAACAGAGAGAAACGAAAACCCUUUCGAGUUUGCCGCCUGGACCAAUCGACCUGACUACAUCUUUGUUCUUGCAACAUGAGCUCCGCCGGCGGGCAGGAGGAUUCCAUCGUCAGCCGCCGAAUCGAUGAGCUCCACCAGGUACCCAAUUUCUCCAACGAAGUAGUACUAGAAUCUGGUCCUUAUCUUCCUUCCGAUGCUGUGAUGGGCAUUCUGUCCAAGCUACCCGCGAAAACCCUAUUCCGUUUCAAAUCCGUUUGCACGAACUGGGACGCCAUGGUUCCGUCCGAUCCACACCUCGUAUCUAUGCACCUCAGAAACUACACCAGGACCUCCCUCUUGUGCACCUACCGUGAUUUAAUUAACGGCGGCGGUGGUGAAGUCCCGAAAUCGGUCUUGCUCCACCCCGACGACACCGUCGACGAUUCUCCAAGACUGGUCGAUUGGGACGACCAAUUGCUCGAUGAAGCCAUCUGUGGCGCAGGCAAUGGUCUGUUUCUUCUCGGAAACCCAUAUCGACACCAUAAUCCCAAUUACCGCCUUUUGAACCUGGCGACUGGUCAGAUCCGACUUCUUCCCAACCCUAGCCCUGGCCUCAUGGAACGACGAUCCGAUUUCCCUGACCACUGUGGAGUCGGGCUCGAUUCAGCCGCCGAUGAUGUCAAAGUCGUCGUGAUUCGCUGCGGUGCUCGUUCUCACCGCGACCCUCCAACUACAGUUUUCGUGUAUACGUCGCGGAGCAACCGUUGGAGAAAGUUGGCAGCAGGAAGCCACUCCUGUGGAGUAGUGGGAACAUACAUCCCGCCGUUCGAUUGUCAUCUUCACUCCAGCGGGUUCUUCUACUGGCUCUUUUCGAACGGCUGGAAAUCUGGUAACAGUUAUGUGAUGGCAUUUGAUAUGAGCAACGACAUUCUCCACAGGAUAGAGGACUGUCCCCUCUCUGGGCUCGGUAGCCUCGGCGGCACCUGUCGUGGUGGUGGUGAUUCGGUGGUUUUGAUUCCGUUGUACAUGGAUUCGGCUGAUGACAUGUGGUUGCUGAGUAGGGAUGAUGGGGGUGGGGCGUGGUGCUGGAUCAAGCGACAUUCAACUGGAGGACGACAUUUCCCUACUACGCUCGUUGUCCAUGGAUUGUGGAAAGAUGAUCGGAUUAUGACCGACCUCGAUGACCAGCUCGUGCUGUAUGAUACCGUCGCUCACAAAUACAGAGUUCUGAUGGACCAUCUGCCGAAGCGAUUACAUGUUUACAGAGAAAGAUUGAGCCUGUCGAUCACAAAAUGAUCGCUGAGACAUGUAUUUGUCUCAUCGAACUAGCUAUAGUGCGUGUAUCUAUAACUUUUUUGUGUCUGUGGCUAGCUAGUGCAGAUUGCAUCGCAUACAUGAAGAAAAAAAAAUUCUUCUUGCUACAACUCAAUGAUCUGUUUCUGAAAUUGUCAUCCACUGAGGGAACUCUUGCAAAGCUUGAGCAUUUCAUGGGGCUCUUGGUGUCUUUGGGCUUGUUUUUUCAGCAUUGUUUCUUACAUUUGUGAGUUAUUGAUGCAGGAGAGAAGGAGUUGGCUGAUCUUAGAACUGAAAGGGAGGUAGUGAGUAAAGUUUUUGUAGAGGAGAAGGUGAGACUUACUAAGCUGAUUGAGGAUCAAUGUAACUUACUUCUAAAACUGUGGUUGCAGAUAAAACCUCUCAUGAAUUGAACCCAUCUAUGGUGUGUAUAAUUGACUUCACUUAAAGCAUGGCAGGUGUAAGCUCUCUGUCUCAAGUUGUCAUGAUUACUGAAAAAUGAGAAAUGACUCUGCAUGUCUUCUCUACUAGUUGGUAUUUUCAUUUCUAUCGACGAUAUUGUGAACUGCUCGCACUAAAGUAUAUGCAUUGAAACCCCAGAUUACCAUAUCGGUGUGGACCUAUCAUCCGACUCGGUUUCUAUUUUCAUUUUUUUCUUCAGCAGAUGCCGUGCUGAAGCAGUUUGAAGCGUCCCCGGCAGCAAAAGGAUUGGACUUGGAGUGCCUGAACUCUAAACUGGAAAGCAUGCACACCUUGAACUGAAGCUAAAGGAUGUAACUUUUGUGUCUGUGACUAACUAGUGCAGAUUGCAUCACAUGGGAGAUGCGAGGAUUCGUGAAAAAUUUCUUCUCCAUGCAACAUUUCAUCUUAGCCACACUUGACGUGAAAUCAAUUUAAUUAUACAAGUAAGUUUCAUUCUAGAAUAGGCAUUCAAUCUGUAACGUAAUAUAAGAUCGAUAAUUUA